AUGCAGAAGAGAAGAAAGCCCGAGCCCAUCCAACUCAACCCGAUUCCCGAUGGGAACGUCAUCAACGGCACCGGAGCCACAGAAACAAACUUAGAGGCUCUGCAGAAGAAACUCGAAGAGCUGGAACUGGACGAGCAGCAACGCAAACGCCUGGAAGCUUUCCUGACACAGAAGCAGAAAGUGGGCGAGCUGAAGGAUGAUGACUUUGAGAAGAUAUGCGAGCUUGGCGCAGGCAAUGGAGGAGUUGUCUUCAAGGUUUCCCAUAGACCUUCUGGUCUGAUCAUGGCCAGAAAGCUUAUUCACCUCGAAAUCAAACCCGCCAUCAGGAAUCAGAUUAUACGGGAGCUUCAAGUACUCCAUGAAUGCAACUCUCCAUACAUUGUGGGGUUCUAUGGAGCCUUCUACAGUGAUGGCGAAAUCAGCAUCUGCAUGGAGCACAUGGAUGGCGGCUCCCUGGAUCAGUCACUCAAGAAAGCUGGAAAGAUCCCAGAGCAAAUCCUUGGCAAAAUCAGUAUUGCUGUGCUUAAAGGGCUCUCGUACCUGAGGGAGAAACACAAGAUCAUGCACAGAGAUGUCAAGCCUUCUAAUAUUCUGGUGAAUUCCCGUGGUGAGAUCAAGCUGUGUGACUUCGGAGUUAGUGGUCAGCUCAUAGACUCCAUGGCAAACUCCUUUGUGGGCACACGCUCCUACAUGUCUCCGGAGCGUUUACAGGGCACCCAUUACUCAGUCCAGUCAGACAUAUGGAGUAUGGGUCUGUCCUUGGUUGAAAUGGCCAUUGGGCGCUUUCCUAUUCCACCGCCUGACCCAAAAGAGCUGGAACACAUUUUUGGAAGUCAAGCAGGAGAUGGGAACUCCGCGGAGUCCUCACCAAAGGCUGGGCCUCCUGGGCGACCUGGCAGCUCACAUGGGUCAGACAGUAGGCCUCCAAUGGCCAUCUUUGAAUUACUCGACUAUAUCGUCAAUGAGCCUCCGCCAAAAUUGCCUGGGAUGUUAUUCAGCACAGAAUUCCAAGACUUUGUCAAUAAAUGCUUGAUAAAGAACCCUGCAGAAAGAGCAGACCUGAAACAGUUAAUGGUACAUCCUUUUAUCAGACAGUCGGAGGCAGAGCAAGUUGAUUUUGCCGGCUGGUUGUGCACCACAAUUGGACUCAACCAACCAGGGACGCCCACUCAUGGCUCAGCAAUGUAA